AUGCUGGCCUCUACAGCUCAGCUGGCCCAAUUCGAAGAAAUUAAAGCGGAUGAUUUGGACAGUCCGAAGACUCAACAGGAAGGAAUGUCACCCAAAUCAGCAGAUAUAGAUUACGUUCAAGAAAGCAAUUCGCCCGAACAGAGUGAUAUGAGAAGGACAAAUUCCCAGGGAUUGAGUAACGCAGAAAGUUCGUCAAUGGGAUCAUCAUCCAAUAAUUCGGCGGAACAAGGAAAUGACGAGAGCCCUAAAGUAAGAAUUUUAAUAAAAUUGAAUACUGUUGUGUUUUUAUAAAUAGGGUCAUUUAUUCGGAUAUUAGAGAUGUUGAAAUUUGACUCCACCGCGGUCAGAGUUCGUAACGUACUGUCUUUUGGGCGCCUGAUUAAUUUCCUUAAGCGAAUAACAAAAACCACUGUAAGCCGGCUUUCAGUCAGCGAUUUACAUCUCUUUCAAAGCGUUGGACAAUAACCGAUACAGAGCAGCUUUUCUUUUGAGGGGUGUAAUUUUAAAGCAUGGAUGUUGAAGUCUUAAGCUAAAGAUAUAAGCGGAUUCACACAGGGAUUCCUUAAGUAUGCUUGCCUGCAACAUUACUCUUGCAGAGUGAACAACGUUGCAGUUUCGACAUCAACUCGAUGUUCAACAACAACAAUGAAAAGUCCGCUUCUCCCCUUGAGCAGUUAAGUCAGCAACUGGGGAUUACAAUGAGCAAUUCUUCCGAUUUCUCCCCUUGUUCGUUCUCCAGCUCUUCGCUAGGACUGGCUGGAUCUCCAGCAUCUUUUGGAGGCGUUGAAACGAACGCUUUAUUCCAAUUGGGCCAAUUACUGGGACAACAGAAUCAGCCAGUAUCUUCAGCGGAGAAUAUUUUUAAUUUCAAUGGAUUGGAUCAGAAGAGACAACAGAAUAAUCGGAAUAUUGGAAGCAAGAAUGGCGCCGAUGAUAAGAAAAGGGUAAGAUUCUAAAAACUUAGAUUAUUCUGAAGUUUUCUUUGGCCGUAGUAACUCUAGUAAUUGACCUUUUUAUCGUAACACGCCUUGUUUUCAGUCCUACCCAUAUACCUUCCAGUUCUGCGUUCUAUGCAAUAAAAAUGUGCACAGUUCCAAGUUGCCCUGUCACAUCCGUCAAUGUCAUGUGAGCAAGCCGAUGUUCCAAUGUCCUUCCUGUGACUUCACCUCGACCUACUCCAAGAACAACGUCAAAUCUCAUAUGGUUUCACUUCACGGAUUAGCGGUGGGUGUUUUAUUGACGAGGAAUGAGUAAAUGUUAGAUGACGUGGAACAAUAAGGUCCAGGAAUAACGGGUGAUUUCAGAAAUCUCGGAAAUAAGUGGGCUAGAGAUUAGGAAUAGAACAGGUUUAUUGACCGAUUAGUGGAAGUAGCAGUAAUCGGUAUGACGUUGGACAUCUUGUGGAGGUCUCUAGAAAGAGGAUUGAUUGUUAUUGCAAAAUUGAUGGCUCUUAAUUCCAAGUACCAUUUCAGGGAGAACCCAUAUCCUACAUGGACCAAUAUGCAGGUCAAGUUGAGGAGUACAUGAAAAAGUGUUUCCCCAAUGUGAGGGGUCGAGGACGUCCAGUGCAUGAUCGAACGUCCCCCAGAAAUAACCCAGCACAGCAAGCGAGUAUGGCGGCACAAGCAGCGCUUCAGAAUCAGAAGAUGCAUUUAAAUGGGGGGCCGGUGAGACAAACCGGAAGACAACAAAGACAUAAACCAUCACCUAUAAAUGGAAUUGGCAUGGGGAAUAAUAAGAUCAACGAAAUGUGUAUUCAAAUGCUUCAGGGCAAUAAAGGAACGGUCGAGAAGAAUAAGUAAGUUGAUCACUCACGAUAUGCUACAGUAAUCAAUGACCGCUGUAUUUGGAAAUAAUUUAAUUCUUCCAGUUGCCUACCUCAAAUGAACCCUCUGGCGUAUUUUCAAAGCCUCGGAUAUUUCAACCAGAUGAUGGGCCAAACUCCAUAUUUAAAUCGUUUUAAUCCAUUCGAACAGAAAAAGGAAUCUGAAGUAUCUCAACCGAAGAAUGAGCAAAUUACCAUGGAACAAUUGCUGCAAGAAUUCAGCACUUUUAUCCCGCAAAAUGAAAAUCAAAAGAGUUUUAUUGAGAAUUCAUCAACAACUUCCUCUUCAUCAUCGGCAGUUCCACCUGAUUCGAAAGAAGAUUCUAUGGAUACUGUAGUCGUGCAAGGAACUCAUGAGACCCCAAAAUAUCUCUCUAAUUUGCUUAAAAUUGCGACUUUGACGAAACAUCAAACAAAGUCAACAGUCUUUGCAAAUAUCCAAGAGAACGGCGACAUUCUUGAAGUAAGUGAGAUAGAUUAAUAAAAACCAUGACUAAGUCGACCUAGUAUAAUAUAAAUUUUUAGCAAGUAGACGUCGCUUCUCUAUCCAAUCUGGAAUCCCACGUUCUCCUGACUCCGGAGCAAUCACAGCGAAUCUCCGAAGUCCGUCUAAAUCUUCAGCUUCAAGCAUUCGAAGUUCUUUUUGCAAUUCAUCGUCUAGAUCUUGAUGUCCUUCCCCUAUCCAAAGUUAAUCUGGUCUUAUCAAUUGCUCCUACUGAGGUCGAUUCCAAGAGAUUCUCAGCCUUUGAACAGAAGAAUCAGCGGAAUUUAAGUGAAGAAGAAGACUUUGUAUUUCAAUUAUCGAGGGUGGAGAGACUCAGGGAAAGAUUGACGCUGAUGCAGUUUAUUGGAGGAUUUGAAAGCCUACUAAAGAAAUUAAAUCAGGUAAGUUGACAAUGAAAGUUACCCACUUUAAGUAAAGUUUACCACUUUACUCUUAUUACAAGAUAAUAAUCUUUAUUUAUAGCGAAUCUCGGACCUCCAAAAUGCCUCUCAAUUCCUUGUGAACUCCUCCGAAUUCCGUCUCCUUCUCCAAUUAAUCCUGGCCAUUCUGAAUGUGGCUAAUGGCAACCAAAGUCUUGAUCUGAUCCAUGGAUUCCGGACUUCCAAACUCCCUGAAAUGUGUAAUCAGAAACUCUCAAAUGGUCAGAGUUUAAUGGAAUCAUUGGUUUAUAUGGUAAAUAAGAAUGUUCCUGAGAUUAGAAACUUUGCCAAUGGAAAUGACCUAAUUGAUGGCGCUGCGAAUAUUGAAGUGUCCGGUCUGGAGAAACUGAUGAAGAUUCUUGAACGGGGGAGAGCUUUGGUGGAGACGGAGCUUAAAGUCGGCACUCAGACCGAUAAUUUGACCGAAUUUGCGUUAAAAGUUGAGAGUGAAGUCAUCAAUUUCAAGGAGAAGAUGACUCAAUUGACUGUAAGUCAAAUUUAAUUUACCAUUUUGUUACUUUGACAUAAUCUGAUGAAUAUUAAAAUUUUCAGGACAAUCUCGCCCGAACUCUUGAGUUCUUUGGAGAAUCCUCGGCUCUUUCACCUGAAUUCCCAGAUUUUUCAACCAAAGUUCAGACUUUCUUCAAGCAGAUCGCCCGAUUCUGUCGCAAUUUCCAGUCCUCACUCAUGUCUAUAUAA